AUGGGAAGAAAGCUGCGCCACGUGCUGAUUUUCCUUCUCAUCAUCCUGAAGGAGCCCAGUAUGCCGGUAGCUGGCUGCAGCUGUGAACCAUCAUCAUCCUGCAGUUGCAUCUACCUAGGCUUGACCAGCAUCCCUCGGAACCUCCCAACAUCCAUUUCUAAGCUAGAUUUAAUAGUUGUCAUUAUUCUGAUUGGGACUUUCUUGGCUGUAAUUUGGAAGAUGAGGAGAGCCAGGAAACCUCCAUUAGGGCGGAAUCCCGGUGUUGUUGUUGGGAACAACACAAACGCAGCAGCGUCUGUAAUGGCCACUACUGUAAUGGCCAGUGAUGAUGAUCGCCAGUAUGAAGGUAUCGACAACCAUCAUGAUCAGAUAGGGCAGGGUCAGUCUCCGGCUAAUAUUCAAUCUCUGAAAGUGGGAAAUUUAUCACAUGACGAAGUGCUAGCUGACUUACAGCCAAACCCUAUGUAUUUAGAUGUAAAAUUAACACCAAAGGACGACGCAUCUACAGAGAUAGCCAAGAGCAAUGAUCAGACGGGGCAGGGCCAGCCUCAGGCCGAGACUGAAUCAUUGGAUGUGAGAAAUCUAUCUUAUGAUCAGCUACAGAAGGAGGCUGACACACCCUGCAAGAACAACAACAACCUGUGUCCGAGUCUCUGUCAAAAAAGUAUCAACUGA